AUGUCGUCAGCAUCGGAUGAAGAUGAUAGAGAAGAAGACUUAGAUCUAUUUCAUGAAUUCAUUGAAGAGAUAGGAGGACAAAUAAACAAACGUGUCUUCCGAAUUAUGAAACGUCUUUCCCGGAAUAAAAUACCACAGGGCAAACUCGAAUCAUUCGAGGACCCUGCAGAUUUAAUCACUGCACUGGAAGAAACAAAUAUAAUAUGUAGGACCAAUACUACGUAUUUAGCCCACAUUCUGAGAGUGGCCAAUGAAAACAAACUUGCCAAGCAGGUAGAGGAGUAUCCACUCAAACACCAUAAAGAUAUCCCAGUCCCAAUUAUGGUGGAGGGAACGCCUAAAGAUCGGGCUCUGUAUUGGGCAGCGGUGACAAUGUUCAAUAGAACAAUGGAGCGAAUCGCAAGCAGCAAUUUAUCUGUUAAAAUGGAGCGAAAACAAAUGAGCAAAGCUUUCAAAGACCUUGACGUCAACCUUGCUGGAGUAAAAAUAUCAUCAGUCAUACUUAUAGCCCGCUGCUGGGAUUUGAACGGAUUCCUGACAUUUAAAUAUGGUCUGAAACAUGGUCAGCUUGAAGAAUCAUUAACGAAAAUUCUCAUAACAGAUGAGAUGAAGGCCUUGGUAGCAGACUCUGGAAUCACCUUACGAAUAGUAGCUAAGGUUGAUCCGUCUGUUAUGGAGAAGGCUGAGAAAUAUUUCAGAGAAGUCGACGACGAAACAACGAUCUUUGCCGAUGCUAAGACGACCAGCACUAUUCAAUCAUUGGAUCCAAUGAUGAAAUCACUUGGCUAUUUGAAUCUCAUGUCGAUGACAUAUCCACAAAGCCCCAAAAUCGAAUCAUUCAAUGAGUUGACGUAUCGAACUGAGCAGGUCAGUGGAGAUGAAGUGGAGAUUGGGUCAUAUCAAACGGCUGAGCCUACAUAUUUCAGCGAAGCCGUGGAUGAUUUGGAAGGCAAGCAACGGAGCGUACUGGCUAUACAACUUGACACGAAAUAUACAACGACUGAUCAGCUUCUUCCCAUUCUUCAACAAUUCGGCGAUGUUGCAUCUGAAUACUGGAAACAGACGGAGAUCAAAGGGACGGUUGGUUUGGUUGCCAUGGAUAACUGUGAUGCGGACAUGAUGUCAUCAGCUAUCCCAGAGAAAGCAGAGAUGUUUGACCUCCUUGGUGUCAGGAAGAUUCUCCAUAUUGACAGCACAUACCAAUCCCAUAUAAGAGAAGAUGAAGGCAGUGUGUUUCCAUGUGACGACAAUGAUGUUUGCAAAUUUCUGAACCCACCUAUUCUGAAUAUCAAAGAAAUUGUGACAGGUCGACAAGCAGAGAGAAAUAUGAAACGCACAUCACUCAGGAAGAUAUCUCCACAAGAAUUGUAUGAUAUACCAGAAUCAUACAUGGACGUGGCUGCGUACAUCAUGGAGGUAGGCAGAGUGCUACUGAAGUCAACAAACGAGAAAUGUGCCAAACUACAAAACCAAUUAAGCGAGGAGACUGAAGCUGUGGUACAGAUGAAGGAGCGUCUGGCAGAACGGAUGCAGUAUGAGGAAAAGAUGUCCAAGCUAGUAGCUUGUCUACAGAUCGAGAAAAACCAAUCGGAGGAAGUUAAGUCGUCACUCACCUCCAAGUUAGAAGAGUUGGAUGCCACAGUGCAGAAGAAAGAAAAUCAAAUCAAACACUUGCAAUCCAGGCUGUCGGAAUUUGAAAACGAGAUCAAAGAACUGAAUAACGUGCAUAAAAGCGAACUAAUGAAAGCUGAAGUUAGUCAUCAGUUGACAAAACAGCUACUAGUAGAUGAAAAAAAGGCACGUGCAAGUGACGUAGAUGAACUAAAACACAGAGUUAAAAGCAUGGAAGAAAAAAUCAAUGACGAGAAAAAGGAGUCGGAGAAGGCUAAAUCUGAUGUUGAUAAAAGUGCUGCUGAUGACCAUGAUCAAGGAGAGAAGACACAACGCAAAAAGCAAAAGGACAAGAGAAAGUCCGAUGCUGAUGGGCAGGUACAGUACAUCCAGAGUGAUGGCGAAGAACAUGGUGAUGACCCUGGUGAUGGUGAAGACCUUGGUGAUGACAACGAUGGUGGUGAUGGUAAUGAUGAUAGUGACAUACUAAGUAAAGAAAAGAUGCAGAUUCAGGGGAAAACGCACAAGGGAAAGUCAGAUGCUGAUGAGCAAGGAACAGCUGAUGUCCAGAGUGAUGGCGAAGAACAUGGUGAUGACCACAGUGAUGUUAAAGAACAUGGUGAUGACAAAGAUGGUGGUGACGGUAAUGGUAAUGGUACUAGUGGUACACUAAGUAAAAAAGAAGUGCAGAUUCAAAGAAAAACGCAAAAGUCAGAUGCUGAUGGGCAAAAUACAGCUGAUGUCCAGAGUGAUGGGGAAGACCUUGGUAACGACCCCAGUGAUGGUGAAGAACAUGGUGAUGACGAUGGUGGUGAAGGUAAUGGUGAUAGUGGCAUACACAGUAAAGAAGAGGUGCAGAUUCAAAGAAAAACG